UCAAGAGCCUGAGCAAGGGCAAAUUUACAUCCAGGUAGAAGUCCACACAGUGCCUGGACAGAGAAAGGCUCCUGGAUGCAAUGUUGUGGCCAGGACUGAGGUUCUCCAUGCCCAUAACAGCAAGCCACCCCUUGUUGUGCUAAGUCUUUUUCUUUCCCUCUUCUCUCCUCCCCCUAGUGCCCUCUACUGCUCAGCCAUGGGUCAGUCCUCUUCCACAACCUCUGAUAUACAUGGUGGUAGUUUGGCCCUCAGCCUUGACAAGUUUUUUAAGGAUUUCAAGCUGGAAAGCACAAUAGUCUCUCAGGAAACUAUCACAAAGAUUCAAUCACACCUGGAGGAAGGGAACGUUUAGAGUGUAGUUUCUGCAAUCAAUAAUGCUUUGAGAGACAUUGACAAUGCUCCAUUGAACAUAGCUGUUACCGGGGAGUCUGGGACAGGAAAGUCCAGCUUCAACAAUGCCCUGCGGGGGGUGGGGCAGGAAGAAGAUGGGGCUGCCCUCACCCGGCCAGUGGAGACAACCAUGGUGAGAACCCCAUACACACACAAGAAAUUUCCCAAUGUGACAUUAUGGGACCUGCCUGGCAUGGGGACCACUAAAUUUCAGGCACAUAAGUAUCUGCGGGAAAUGAAAUGGUAUGACUUCUUUAUUAUCAUCUCUGCUACACGCUUCAAAGAUAGUGAUGCGCAUUUGGCUACAGCAAUAAGAAAAAUGAAGAAGAAGUUCUACUUUGUCCGAACUAAAGUGGACAGUGAUGUAUAUAAUCUAAAAGUGAGUAAACACUCCACAUUCAAUAAGGACGAACUCCUGCAAAAUCUCCGCAAAGACUGUGUGACAAAUUUGCAGAAGGCCAAUAUAAGGGACGCUCCGAUCUCCUUAGUCUCCAGCUUUGAGUUGUCUAGUUAUGAUUUCCAAAGCCUAGAGACCACCCUUCUGAAGGAGCUCCCAGCCCACAACCACAUCUCCAUGCAAUACCUGCCAAAUGUUACCGAGGCCGCCAUUGACCGGAAGAGGGACUCCCUGAAAUAGAAGGUCUGGCUGGAGGCCCUGAAGGCUGGAGCAUCUGCCACCAUCCCUUUGGUGGGCUUCAUCAGUGAAAAUGAUGUGGAGACUUUAAAGGAGACUUUAACUCUCUACAGGUCUUACUUUGGACUGGAUGAUGAAUCCUCAGAAACCGUGGCCAAGGACUUGCACGUGUCAGUGGAGAAACUCAAGGCAAACCUUGUGUCACCCCACUUGCUCUCAACUGAAAAGGAUGAUGAGUCCUUAGCGGACAAACUGUUCAGAUAUUUGGAAAAAUUCUGCUCUAUUAGUGGAGGACUCAUUGCCACUGGUGUUUACUUUAGGAAGAUAUUCUAUUUGCAAAAUUAUUUCCUUGACAUAGUGGUGAGUGAUGCGAAACUUCUUCUUAAAAAAGAAGAGAUUUUUAAGGACUCUGAGGGCUCUGAGCAAGCCAAUAUGCAUCAGCAUGUCAGGAAUGAAAAUGAGAAAAGUGAGGCAACCAGCUCCUGAAUUAUUCUUGGUGUUGGCAUGGCACUGGUGCCUGGAAAGUUGACUUAAGCCUUCCUUGAAGCAAUCCUGACCUACUGUCAUCGGAGUAUCACAGACAUUUCCAUAAUUCACUCUUGAACAAACCACAAACCUAGUGACUUAUUUGACAGUGAAAGCAAUCAGCUCUCUAAGAAUCCUUCUUUCAUAUGAUCCUCCUUGGAAAAAUGAAGGACAAGAAUCUGCAAUUUUCUGCUUAGUGGAGAGAAUAACUCUUUGUGUGAUGGUUACUUCAUACCAGACCCUGGUCUUUCUACUGUCAUAUUAAUAAA